GUGGAAUUGGCCCAAAAAUAUCACCUCUCAUUGCGAUCAGCUGUGAGCGGGAGACAGCAGCAUCAAGGAGCUGGUGCAGGCACAUGAUUUGUAGCAGUGUUUGAAGGCUGCCUUUAAUCCAGCGUGCAUAGAAAGCAAGACAUGGCCCAUCUCCCGAUCCACCACCUGUACUUCCUGCUGAUGUGCAUGCUGGCCUGCCAGUGUCCUGCAGUCAACGGGUUGUUUGAGUGGCUGAAAGGAAAGGAGACGCCUCCAGCAGCCGCAACGCAACCGCCAGCAGCACCGGCAGCAGAAGUCCCGACACUUCUAGCUAAGGAUGCCCGGUUUGAGAUGAAGACCGUCGACGAGGGUUUUUUGGCCGAGUCAAAGCAGAUAGAGCUGAGCCCAUUAGACAGCUGUCAUUACAGGGUGGUCGCCCAGCUGAAGGCGAGUUGUGAAAGCCUCCCAGAGGAGCAGCUCGCGAAGCUCGGAGUCGUACUGUUCAACUGCCAGGCCGAGACCGAGGGGCGCCACACCUACCCGUGUACGGAGCAAAUGACCAUCAAGGAGUGCACGGCCGACAUGGACCCAGACACGUGGAAUGCCUACCACAUAGUGAGCAACAGGGCGCGCUCGGUCUGCUACGCGACGCGGCAGCAGCUCUUCCGGCGGCGGGCGGAGCAAACUGUGAACGCUCUCAUCACCACGGCAACGAGCCAACUGGCAGCAAUGACACACCUGAAGGAGGGCCAGCUGGAGCUGAAGGAGCUGACCGCAUCCUCCCUGGACAAGCUGCUGGACGGUCACAGCGCCCUGCAGGCCCAGCAGGGGAAGCUGUACGAGGGCCAGGGCCAAAUGGAGAGUUCUCUGAAGGACAACCUGGAGCGCCUGGGCCAGGAGAAAGCCCUGAUCGCCUCUGGACAGCAACUGGUAGCGCAGCUCAUUCAGAGCAUUACAAAGAGAAUGGAGAAUGUGAGUGAACAUCUGCAGACCCAAGGGUCCGAGGUGCAGGACAGCCACAAGGCAAUUGUAAGGGACCUCGCAGAUGUCCGACACCAAGCUCAGGACAUCCACCAAAAAAUCGACCACAGUAUGUCAGAGUUUCUGCAGUACCAGGAUCAGACCUCGCAGUACUACGCUGACCUGAUGAGUAAACUGGAGCGCAUGAACCACACCCUGGGGGCCACGCUGCACUUCUUGGACAACAUGCAGAGCCGCAUUGAGCAGCGGCUCCACAUGAUCCAGGGCUACCUUAGCUGGGCAGGUUUGAGCCUCACUGCCAUGUGGACCUGCGUGGCACACACGGGCUACUUUGUCAUGUGUGCGGCCCUGCUGACGUUCCUGCGUUGCUCCGCUUUCUCUCGAGCCAUGCUGCUGCUCAGCGUGCCUCUUAAUGCAGUGGCGGAAGUCAACCAGCAGCCGGCGCUGGAUCUCCCCGGACUCAGCCUGCUGCUGCUCCUCCUCUCUCUGGGUCACUGGUUUGUGAGUCUGUUGUGCAAAUGCAUCCAGAUCAGAGGAAAGCGGGCCUCCCCGUUGUCACUGGCCCCGAGUGACACAGUGAAGCCACUAAAGGACUCGUUUCCGCAGUCCUCUACGCCGCAGAAGGACGACAAUGAUUGCUUUGCAGAGCAGGAUGACCUUUCGAUUCAAGACAGCUUUAUAUCAGGUAACCUCGGGAUCUCUGCAGUGUCUCCCCGUCACAGGAAUCCAGUGCCAGAGUCCAGGUUCAUGGCGAUAGUCGGCAGCUCGAAUCACUCCACUCCCCGGACAGUUAAUUCUGCGGGGAGCAAAUCUAACGCUCUGGUUGCUAAUAUCCUCCCGAGAAACCUCGGCGGUAUUUUUGAGGCUGUGAACAGCUCUCAGGAUUUUGCAAAUGACUCUCGAAGUGCAAGCCCGACCCCGUCGCUAGUCAGCAACAGCUCUCUAUCAGCCCGUCAGCUGUGCAAUGGGGUCACGAAAACCGGGAAGGCGUGUAAGAAGAGAGCAGUGCCAGGACAGGAGUACUGCAGAUUCCACGAAGGGGGGCACACCUCCUAUGUUGUCAAAUGAGACCUUUUUUUUCUUUCUUUUUUUUAACACCACAGAUGUUUUAGAUCUUUUCAGGGCCAUGUUUUAACUGUCCUCAGUCUGUACGUUGCUACAGGGUAUUCUCUGCAAAACAACAUUCUACUGAUGUAGUGUUGUCAUUGCAAAUUUUUCCUAAUGUUCAUUUUUAAGUUAAUAAAUUAUUUCUUUG